UAUAUAUGAAUAUUUCGUUCUUGCAUCUAUACGUUUAGACGUGCAUUUAAUUGGAGGUGUUAUUUGGCACAGUGUCCUUGUUGACGGUCGUUGGAAUGAUUGACCAUUACAUUUUUUAUAUAUUCUCCGGCUAACCGUGGAAUUUGGUUUAAAGCAUGUUAAGUGGUUGAUUUUCUCGGCGUUUUUCUCCAAUUAUUAUUGCUCCGCGUGCCCCAUAUAAAUAUCAAUCAAAAAAGCGUCGCUGCGUCCUCGAGAUUCCUCAGUGAUACAUGUGUACGGCGUUUUUUUGACAGCUGACGAUCUGAGACAUGCUUAAGGAUGGGGUGGUGGAGGAUAUUCGCACUCUUGACAUUAGCAGUUGGCGGGGGGUAUUUACUGGAUCCACUGCCGACGGACGGAACGUUCGAUGCCACGAAGACCCCACAAUUCACACAGCAUCCGGAAGAUACCUACAUUAGUACAAAAAACAAAGUGGCCACCCUGACAUGCAGUGCCCGCUAUGCGUCGCAGGUCAACUUCAAAUGCAACGACGAAUGGGUGCGGCCCAAGUCGGUACGCAGUGAUGUGCGAGUGGACCCGCAGACCGGUGCGCGGAUUAUUGACUCGGAGAUUACGGUCACCCGCAGCCAGGUCGAGGAAUACUUUGAGGUGUACCGGUGUGCGUGCGUGGCCUGGUCCGGCCCGAAGACCGUAGUGGAAAGUCAGAAGGCGAAGGUUCAAAUUGCUUACUUACGGAAGCAGUUCCCGCGUGAACCCGUCCAUACGUCCAUCGAAGCCGGUUAUCCGGUACAGUUGCAAUGCUUACCGCCUGAGGGCGCCCCGAUGCCGGAAGUGUUUUGGUUACGUGACGGUGAUCCCAUCGAUCCGGCUAAAGAUACAAAUUUCAUCAUUUCCAAUGAUGGGGCAUUAAUUCUCCAUCAGGCCCGGCUGGCCGAUGCGGGGAACUAUACGUGUGGAGCGAAAAACAUUGCCAGUCGGCGACUGAGUGCGUCGGCCAUCCUCACUGUUUACGUAAAUGGCGGAUGGUCGGCAUACGGUGAAUGGACAGCAUGCGAUUCACGCUGCGGCCGCGGCAUACAAAAGCGCUUCCGCUCAUGCAACAAUCCUGAACCAUUAAAUGGCGGACUACCGUGUCCCGGAAGUCCUGUGCAGAAAGCGGACUGCACUGUCAUUUGUCCAGGCAACAUAACCAUUUAUUUGGGAAUAAUAGCGGAAGAUGGUCAGUGGUCGAUGUGGUCAGAAUGGUCAACAUGUAAUCCAGACUGUUUACGCCAGCGGCGCCGCACAUGCACUAAUCCGCCACCGAGUAAUGGCGGUGCAUACUGCAGCGGAGCGGACGUGGAGACCAGCAACUGUACCGGUGGAAUGUGCCGGCCCGAUCAUCUGCGCCGGUACGAUAAAGGCGGCAACAGUCUCUACAAUAAAUUUGCCGGUGUUAUCGACGAAAUUGAAGCGGAAAUCGAUGAUCCAAAGCAAAUUGACCAAGAUGUGCCUAAAUCAACGUGGCGGAUGUAUGUCGGUAUCGGAGCGGCCACGGCGACCAUCAUCCUCCUGCUGGCCGUUAUUGUCAUCGUUGUCCGACGGAAACGCAAUCAGCCCAUCUACGAUCUGCCUAAUGUGGAUCUCUAUUCUCCUCAUCUGACCAAACCUCUCUUUUAUCCAGAACAUAACCAUCUUUUUCUCGAAGAUAACCGGCAUUACCAUCCGGAUAUAAAGCAGCAUUUGCGCAUACCAUGUCCACCAAAUUUUUCCAUGAUGUUGCCGCCUUUAGGGAAAGACGGCAUCCUGCUGGCAAAAACUGGGCAGACUCUGGACAAUUUCCGCGACUUACGGAUCAGUCCGACUCAGACGAGCCAGAGUCCAUUAAUCGAGAUGAAUUCGAGCUGCAGAUCCGAAAGUUCUAUUGAAAAACCUCGCUGUGAUUCACAGGCAUCAUACAAAGCGUCUAUACCGUCCUCCGCUAAUUCCUCCACCUAUGCCGAAUCGGAAAGUGAACCCAGUGAACUGACACCACUGAAUCCGCUCAUUGCCACGGAUUCUCAGCAGUCGUUCGCCUCCAGCACUGGCGGCAUCCCGCCCCUCCUCCAGGACCCCGAGUGCAUGGCGCUGUCGGUGUUGGGUUUUGCCGGUGGACAGCUGAGUGUGGAUACUUCCGGUGUGCGCUUAACGGUCCCGGAGGGUUGCGUGAAAAAGAACCGGCGCGUGCAGUUCUGCUUGGGUGUCUGCCGUAAUAAUGCCGAUCGCCCCCGGAUGGCAGAACACCAGACACUUUUAAGCCCGGUGAUUUUACUGGGAACGAGUGAUGCCUGCCUGGGUAAAUCCGUCGUGCUGUCCUUCAACCACUGCGCGCAGAUCGGCAACGCCAAUAACUGGAAUCUCCACGUGUGGCAUAAUGAAUCCAUCACCGAAGGCCAGGGUCAGUGGCGGAAAAUGGCCAUCCUGGGCCAGGAGACGAUCAACACGCCGUGUUACGUCCAGCUGGACGCCAAGAAAGCCCACAUUAUGACCGACAUCCCCGGGCGGUAUGCCCUGGUCGGUCAGUCCAAGCCCAAUGCGCUGGCGGUGAAGAAUCUCAAGUUGGCGCUGUUUGCACCGGUCGACAAACUGCUACCGGACUAUUACUUACGGAUAUAUUGUCUGGAAGAUACCAAAGAUGCAUUAGAAGCUGUAUGUAAACAGGAAGAGGAGCUGGGCUAUUCGUUGAUGGACAAAGCCCAGGUGAUGCGCUUUCACGACGGCGGACGACCUUUGACCUUUUCCGUGCAAGACAUUAUGGAUGGAUGGCAGCUAAAGUCCAAUGUGCAGUACCAAGAGAUCCCGUUCUGCCACAUUUGGUCCUGCCAGCAGAAUUUUUUCCAUGCCGCUUUUGCACUGGAGCCAACGAUGCAUCCUGUGAGGAGUUUUCCUCAGUGCUCAGUUGUUGUGCGCCAGAUGGACAGCAAUAAUGCUCAUACACUUGUCAUGCAAGGAAAUUCGUUUGUUCAGACAAAUUCGAAACCCGUCUACGCCAAUAUGACCAAUACAGUAAGCCGGUUUGGGUCAACCGGUGACGUCACCACCAGCAAGCAAUUUUUUCGCAUUCCCGCACCGGUGAGGAAAAAAUUCUGUUCAUUACUGGAUGUACCGAAGGCUCACGGGAAUGACUGGAGAAUGCUCGCACAAAGAAUGCAGGUUGACAGGUACAUAAAUUAUUUCGCCACUAAGCCGAGUCCAACCGAUCACAUUCUGGAUUUGUGGGAAGCGCGUAAUCGCGAGGAAACGGCCUUAUCGGAUUUACUGGAUCAUCUCCGAGUGAUGCAACGGACGGAUGCUGUGGAGUUAUUGCAGUCGAAUUUGGCAUGUUGGAUAUAGCUGUCACACAGCUGUCUGUUAUUGUGCCGAAAAGUUUAUGUUGUACAGCAUUUUAACUAGCCUGAUUGUUUUGUGAAUAUGUCGGAUUUGGUCUAGACCAACUUUUUUUUGCAUUUGUAUGUACUCGUAAAAUCAAAGGUGUGUAUUAAAUUGCAUUUACACGUUUGUAUGU